AUGGGAUAUGAAGCUAGUAAUGAAAGUAUUAAUAAAAUGAUAUUAUAAUUAUAAAGAGAAUAAGAAAAGUAUGGUAUUCAAGCAUCAUAAGCUCAUGCUAAAUUUUACUAGACAGUAGAGGAAGUUAAAAUAAAAAAUAAUUAAAUAGUUGAAUAAUAUAAAUAAAUUGCUGAAGCUUAGGCUAAAUUAAAACAUUAAUAAUAAUUAUAUGAAACUGUCAGAAGUGAUAAAAAUCUAUAUUCUAAAAAUUUAUUAGAAAGUCAUAAUGAAAUCUAAGAACUAACAAAAAAAUAUACUAGAAUGAAGCAUUAGGUUGAUUAAUUGAAAGAAGAAAUUAAAACAAAGGAUUAAUAACUUGUUAAAGAAGAUCUUGAAUUUCAUAAAGUAGAGGAAGAAAAUGCAAAAAUUGAAUAAGAUAAAGCUAAAGUAGAAAAAAACAUUAAAGCUGAUGAGGAUUUAAUUAAAAAUUAAGAAAGUCAUAUUUCAAGAUUAAAAAAUAUUAUAUAAGGAGCUUAAACAGAGAAAUAAAGAUAAUAAAAGGAUUAUAAAAUGGUAGUUAAUGAAAGAGAUAUUUUAGGAACUUAAUUAAUUAAAAGAAAUCAAGAAUUGUAAUUACUUUAUGAGAAGAUCAAGUUAAAUUAAUCAAGUUUAAGUAAAGGGGAAAUAAAUUUUAGAGAAAGAGAAAUUGAAUUAAAAAGUUUAAAAGUUGAAUUAACUAAUUUAAGAAAUGAAUUAAAAGUAAAAGUUCUUUUUUUAAUAAAAGUCUACUUAAGAUCAAACUGCAUGUAUUGAUGAAUUAAGAAAAGAGAUUAAUAAUAUUGUAAAGGAAUUAUUAAAUGAAAAGAAUAAAGUUAAAGCAUUAUCAGAUGAAUUAGAAAAUCCAAUGAAUCUAUAAUAUUCAAAUAUAUUGAAACUAUACAUAGAUGGAGAAAACUUGAAGCAACAGACUAAGAAAAAUUUGAGAGAAUUCUAAAGAUUUAAACAUUAUAAAGAAGAUUAAUAGCUAAAACUGAAGAAGUAAAUGAAAAGAAGAUUUAAUUAAAGAAAAGGAAAAAUUGUUUAUGGAACUGAAAAAUAUAUUAUCAAGAUAACCAGGUGUUGA